AUGGAUGACAAAUUAAAGCGAAAUACAAUAUAACUAUAAAUAUAAAUUGAACUAGAAAAACAUCCAUCAAAAGGAGGAGCAUCCGGAAAACAUUUCCGAAGAUGAUUUUCCGAUUGCGUUCCGAAGUUGGUCUUGUGCCUCGAUGGUACCGUUGCUGGAUAUACAUGUAGUGUUUACUUAUAUUAUAAAAUUUUAUUAUCAAUGAGCUAGCUUAUGAAGAAGCCAAGAUGGUUCGUGUUCUCAUUUGCCAUAAUUUUCAAGAACGUAAAGUAUUUUCUGAUGCUUACGAAGCCAUUGCAAUUGCGUAUUCAAUAUCAAGAGAUGCAGUAUUUAUAAGCACAAAACAAGGUCAUGUUUUUGUUUAUUCACUUUCUGAGGAUGGCUUUCCUUUACUCUGUCAGUUUCCAACUGUUUCUGUCGCAACAGAGAUAAUAUUUGGCAACGUUGGAUGUUUUUUGUUUACUAAGGAAAUGAUAAGAAAAGAUAAAAGAAAUAGUUUUACUGCAAGAGUUUAUUUCAAUUGGUCAAAAUGGGUUGAGCAUGUUGCUAAAAUACAACCUGUUCAAAUUGGUUUUUCCUUAACUGAAAAUUAUUCUGUUGAUGAAAGUGUUCCUGUAGCAUUAGAGGUACCGUCAAAGUCCUCUGUUUGUGCCAUUUGUUGUUGCCCAGUUAGUUCGAACAUUGCUGUGGCUGCAGAGUCAACAAUUACUGUGUAUGAACAAUGUAAACAAUGUUCUUAUGAUUUCCAGAGAUUAUACACAAUUGAAGCUAGCUUUUCUAUGAAUCAGCUUGCUAUUUGCAAACAGUAUGUUGCAUUUACUUCCACUUGUGAAGUUCGAGUUUUGCAAGUCAAGCUUGAUAACGAGGAAAUAUUGAUCAAUAUGGAAAAGAAUUUGGCCAAUCAUAGAACAGCAAAAGAACUUGUAACCCAGCAAACAUUGUCUGCAAGUGCUUGUCAAAAAGAAGUUCUUGAUGAGAGUUAUGUUCUUUGGAAGUUUGAUCAAUAUGAAAAGAAUCAAACAGACAAGUUUGCAUUUUGGGAGUCAAUUUUGGGUAGCAAAGAAUGGGUUGAAGAUGUAAAAGAUGAGAAUUUCUCUUCAGAUGUCAUUGAUCUUCCUUCUUUAAAAGACGAAGUUCCUUUUAUUGAUUAUUCCCAGACUGCAUGUGAGGUUUUAGGUCCUGUAAACACAGUACAUGGUCAUCCAGUUAGAGUACAAACUACAUUGAAAAAAGUAAAAUCUGUUACAAUGCUAUAUUGUUAUUUUGAUUGGAUAAAAGAAGAUCAUGUGAUUGAAACGGAACUUCAUUCCUUACAACUGCAGCCAACUUUCACUGCUUUUAACCAUAAUAAGAUGAAAACUCCUGAAUUAUCUGGAAUGAUGUGUUUUAUAUCAUCACCAAAACAAGGAUUUCUCUACAAUGUGUUUGGUGAAUCAGAAUUAAUAGCUCGUUGUAUGUAUACUGCUGAUGUAACCUCCGCUGUUAUUUGCAAUAAUAUGCUUUAUUCAAUUACAAAACACUUAAUUGAAACAUACACCAUACCAUUAUAUGCAACUAUUGCAAAAUACAUUAAAAGUCGAUCAUUGAUGGCAAAGAUGAUGGAUUUACUGUACAGGAUAUUAUGUGUAUUACAUUGUUUAAAUUGUAAUUGUGACAUUGCUACUUAUUUUAUGAACCAUCUGUUCUAUAUUUUAUUUCAGCCAUGUCCAUCACCUUCCACAGAUCUAUAUAUGAUUGGAGUUGACCAGAUCCCAGGUCUCUGCUCCAUUCUUGCAGCUGGCAAGAGAAUAUUAACGUUGUCUUAUGCACCUUCAAGUCCAUCAAUGAAGAAAUGGAAAAAAUCAAAAGGACAUAAUGGGGAUUGUGUGGAAGAUUGGACGCUUCAUGUUCUUACAUCAAUGGAAUUAAAUGAUCUUUACGAGAGAAUGGAGAGCUUGACAGAGAAGUCAGACACAUUGACAGCUGAUUUACGAUUGUUGAAAGAACAACAUUUCAUCUUAAGAACACAAUUUCAAGUUGGUAAAAUGACCAAAAGUCAACAACAAACAUUACUUCUUGCUCUCAGGAAUUCUUAUAGAAACCUUGGUCAUUAUUUUUCACGAUAUUCAAUGGAAAAUGAAAAUGACGUUAACGAAUAUUACAAGAUGGCAAACCUUAGUCUGGAGGAUGUAGUCAAUGAAAAUGUUGUUGGUGAUAUUGGAAAGUUGAAAGAAAUGAAGUUUGGAAAAGGUUUACUACAUUAUCUCAAUACAAUAUUUUUCUCGAAGAAUCAAGAAAAGACUUGCAUUGACUUGUCUAAGGUUGCAGCUGACAAAGUGAUGCAUAUAUAUUACCACAGUGAGCCCGCACAACUCGCCAAUCUAAUUCUUAGGUCCUUACUUCAUGGAUACAAUCAGGAUUUUGCAAUAAAACUUUUUAAACAGUUGAAGAGUUCAAAGGGAUACAGUUUUAGUCGAGAAGAUCAUUUAGCAUUAUGUAUUUUGUAUCUGCAAUCUUGUAUGUUGGAUGAAGCAAUCGAUGAAAUUGUUCAUAUCUCUAAAGAAAAGUUGGCGGAUAUUUGCGUGAAGUAUCAUUACGUUCUUCACACGAAGGAAGAAUAUUUAAAUCCUCUAGGACAGCUUCUGAGAAAGUAUCUUCCUGAAGUGCUUGCCAAAACUCUUGUCUUUCUUCAUCUUCGCCAUCUUCUAACUCUGACGAAAACUAUAGAUCUUCUUCAGGGAAAGGAUAGGGAGACACAAUUCAACAAUCAUUUACAGGGAUUUUUAGAGAUCUUACUCAAUGAUUCCAAAGGUGCUAGAUCGUUCAACGAAGCUCGAAAAUUACUCGUUGAUAUUUAUUUGAAGAAACUUGUACAUCGUCCAUGUUCUCGUGAAAAACAGCAAUUUCAGUUCCCACAUUACCACAUUCCUAGAGGCACAGGUCAUUUUGCGCGUCGUUUUUCCUGGCUCGACAAAUUACCGCCAUUUAAUGGUCAUGUGACCGAACCCUGCCCGAUUUCCCGGGCUAACAUCGUGGCUGCAUCUUCCCCAAAUAAAGGCAUGAGGUUGCGAGGUCUAUCUCGAGAAAAGAAUAAUAAAAUUAUCACUGAGGGAAAUGGAGAAUCGUCAUUCUGUUCCUGUCGUUAUUGUUGGCAAACACUUCUUAAAUUACAGUCAUUACUAUCUUCAAGAUAUUGUGAUGAACAACUCGGCCGUAUGGUACUUAAAAAUUUGGUGGGAAAAUCUUGGGAAAUUUCCAUCACAUUGUUAUGUUUACCACUUAUUGCUGAAUAUGAGAAGGCAGUGGAAACAAUCUUACUCAUAGAUUCGUCAAUUUUAAUGACUUAUGUGAAUCAUUAUUUUGGUGACAGCUGUACUAAAUGGAGAUGUCUUCUUCAUGUAUUGACUGAGAAAAACCGCACGGAUAGCACAAAGUACUGCGACAUAAUUAAAGAAACGUUAGUUAUCUUAUCAAAGUUCACAAGUCCUACCGUUUUUCUUUCCUUACUACCGGAAGAUGUAAUGAGGAAGAUUUGAGAAUAUUGAUCAUCUGAUCUCAUAUAUAUAUAAACGAAGAAUGAGUGGAAGGGAUCUUGAAGUGGAUGUGUUUGUAUUCCUACAAUCUAUACAACUGGAACAAUUUUACCACAAGAUAAAUUAUGAAUUACAUCUGACACGAUUGUCUCACUUCGAUCAUGUUACUGAAAGUGAUUUAGAGGAUAUCAAUAUGUCUAAACCUGAACAACGAAGAUUAUUUGAUGCUGUUAAGAAAUAUAAGAAAGAAAAGAAGAAAGGACACAAAAUAAGAAUAAGCUUUCGA